AUGGUACUAAAACCAAAAUCAAAGAAUAAGAGUCAGCAGCAGACACUGGCCUCAUCGAAGUGGCCAUUGGGUCUUCCACCAAUGUUUAAAUCAUCCAGAAGCAACAGGAAUUAUCUCAAUAUGGCAGUUGUAUUUACAGCUUUUGUUCUGUUUUUCUAUGUCUUCUCUAGGUUGUUCUAUCCGUCUCAAAAUAGUGCCUUAAAUUCAAAAUACACCAAAGAGCAUGGUCAUUAUUUGAAUGAGUUACCUGCAUCUAGUCAUUUAAUAUUCCCUCAUGUUGAACAUGCACCAUUAUUAAAGGAAGUAGGCAUCAGUGGACUGUUUGUUUUGAGACUUGAAGGUGAUGGAUCCAAGAAAUAUGUUUUAAAACCAGAUGAUAAACCAUUUUCUGAUGAUGAAAAGAAGCAAACAACCGAUCAAGUUUUGCUCGUGAAAAGAUCAUUUUUAGAUCACGGUAAAUUAGUAUUCAGACCGAAAAAGAAUGUCCUCUAUCCUGAAACGAUUAUCGUUACAUUGAUUGAUUUUGAUAUUUAUAGUCUGGAUACAAUUGUGAAAGUUGUUCAAAAUAGAGUUGACUACGCGCAAUCACACAAUUACGGUCUAUAUGUACGUUGGAUUCAAGAAUUUUUCCCAUUAUUAGAAGAUCAGAAUCUUUCAGCAUCUUAUGAAUACAUCAAGCCUUUAAUUAUGCGAGCUGCUAUGCAUGCUUUCCCAAAGUCUAAAAACUUUGUUUUUAUAGAUCAAGAUGCAUUAGUAAUGAACUUGGGGCUUUCUCUUGAAAAACAUUUGUUGGACCCAAAUAUUUUGGAUGUAGCCAUAAGCAGAGAUAUACCAGUUAUGGCUGGCUCAAAUGUGAGGACUUAUAAGAACUUCAGACUUUCUAACACAGAAAUUAUUAUUCCACAGGAUGAAAAUGGUAUCUUGGAUUUAUCCGCAUUCGUUGUUACCAAUAGUGUUUACGGUAGAGUAUUCUUAGAAUAUCUAAGUGACCCAUUAAUUUCGGGUUAUGCUUGGCAAAGUACGUCCUAUGCAGUCGGUCAUGUCCUACAGUGGCACCCACUGUUAUUGUCGAGAACAGCUAUUGUUGCACCAAAAUUAUUAGCAAGUAAGUACGAUCCUCAACAGUUAACUGAUGGCAAUGAUGAAAAUACCAAGGACGGUUUCCAUUAUAAUGAAGGUGAUUUAGUAGCCUCUUUCAAGAACUGUAGGGAAAGAAAUUCAUGUGCACAAGACAUUGAAAAAAUGUACGAAAAGGUUAUUAAGAAAUAA